GGAGGUCGUUUGUUAGCAUCGUUCACAUUUAUGUAGUUUCUCUUCACUGACUUGACUUCAUUUCCAAAACCCAGAACCUUCCCAAACUUCCAACACCCUAUUUUUUGUCAAAAUUUUGAAGGAUUGCCAAUUCGUACACGCUUCCCCUCUUCUUAAUACUGUUCUAAUCUAAUCUUCCCAUAAAUAUAAAACCAAACCAAACCAAACAAACACUCAUUCACGGUUCUCGCACUGCGUUUUCUUCACGCCAUUAGAGAGAUUUCUGGAGCUCUUCACCGAUCGAUAAUGGCGUCUAGGUUUAGCCCCGCAGAUGUCUCCGGUUUCAAAUUCCUAUUGCUUCUCGCCGUCGUCUACGGGCUGUUGUCGAUGCUGGUCUACUCGAUCGUCAACAUGAAAUUCAUUGUUCCGCUGGAGAUCGACGCGCCUCUUGAUCGGUUCUCGGAAGCCAGAGCGAUCGAGCACGUCCGAUUUUUGUCCAAGGAGAUCGAUGGACGCCAAGAGGGGCGACCUGGUCUAAGAGAAGCUGCUCGUUAUAUCAAAGGACGGUUGGGACAGAUAAAGGAGCGAUCUGGAUUAAAUACGAGGAUUGAAAUCGAGGAGACUAUUGUUAAUGGAUCAUUCAAUAUGAUGUUUUUAGGCCAUAGCAUAUCUCUCACUUACAGAGACCACAUAAAUGUUAUCAUGAGAAUAUCAUCGGCAAAUUCACAAGACUCUGAUGCAUCAGUAAUGUUGAACGGCCAUUUUGAUAGUCCACUUGAUUCCCCUGGUGCGGGUGAUUGUGGUUCAUGUGUUGCAUCAAUGCUGGAAGUGGCGCGUCUUAUUGUCGACUCUGGUUGGAUUCCUCCUCGGCCUAUUAUUUUUCUUUUCAAUGGUGCUGAGGAGCUUUUUAUGUUGGGAACACAUGGCUUCAUGAGGACUCAUAAGUGGCGUGAUACAAUUGGAGCUUUUAUAAAUGUGGAAGCAUCUGGGACAGGCGGGCCCGAUUUAGUUUGUCAAUCUGGACCUGGUCCAUGGCCUUCUGAAGUCUAUGCUCAAUCGGCAAUAUACCCAAUGGCACAUAGUGCAGCCCAGGAUGUUUUUCCAGUCAUUCCUGGAGAUACAGAUUACCGAAUAUUUUCCCAAGACUACGGCAACAUUCCCGGACUGGACAUUAUUUUUCUCCUUGGUGGUUAUUUUUACCAUACCUCAUAUGAUACAGUGGAGAGACUAUUACCAGGAAGUAUCCAAGCACGUGGAGACAAUUUGUUUAGCAUCAUCAAGGCUUUUGCCAAUUCUUCUAAGCUAAAAACGGCCCAUGAAAGAGAAUCUCAUGAAGCUACUACAAACUCAGAGAAGAUUGAGCGUGCUGUUUUCUUUGAUUACUUAACAUGGUUCAUGAUAUACUACUCAAGAAGAGUGGCCCUGCUGCUUCACAACAUUCCUCUUGCCAUUUUCUUCAUUAUGCCAGUCCUACAUUUAAGGUCCUCUGGGCUACGUUCUUGCUUUGCAACUUUAUUUGAUUUUAUGAAAGGUAUGUUAUUCUACGCAGCGGCGGUUAUUUUUGCAAUCAUUUUCCCAAUAAUAUUUUCCAUCCUAAGAUUGCUGUUUACUAGUCAUGGAAUGAAUUGGUUUGCUCAUCCAUAUUUGGCUUUCAUGAUGUUCAUCCCUUGUGCACUUGUUGGUUUGUCGAUUCCAAGAGUUGUUUGGAGUCGCUUUCCCCUCUCGCAGGAUGUUUUAGGUCUUCAGCCAUCAAAGGAGGCACUCUCUGUUGAAGCAAGAUUUUGGGGAACUUUUGGGUUAUAUGCUGCAUUAACUACGGCUUAUCUUGUAGCUGGUCUAAGUGGAGGCUUCUUGACUUUUAUUCUAUCUGCUUCAAUGCUUCUUGCGUGGAUUUCAUUUUGCUUUGCAGUCAAAUCUUGUGGUCAUCAAUCUUUCAGGGCAACAAUGUUCUACUUGACACCUCAAAUUCCAUUCCUCGCAUACUCUGUUUAUUUUGGUGGCUUUCUCGUCCAAUUCUCGGUUGAGAAGAUGGGCAUGAUGGGUUCUAGUCCACCCCCAUAUGGUUAUUUCAUUCCUGAUGUUGUAGUUGCGGCGGUUGUUGGAGUUGUGACGGGUUGGUGUGUGGGCCCUCUUCUACCUGUUUGUGGUCACUGGUUAGCCAGGCGGUCUAUUAUGCAAUUUUUGCUUCAUCUUACCAUACUAGGCUUGGCUCUGUCAUCCCAGUUCUUUCCAUACACCAAAGCUGCACCUAAGAGGGUUGUUUUUCAGCAUACGUUUCUCACCACAGAUUCAGAUCAAGUUGUGGAGUCCAACUAUGAAUUUUCUGUCGUAGAUUCCAAUUCCUUACUUUUUCUUUUCAAACACGCACCUGAAGUGGCAAAGGAGUUGCAAAUAGGUCCAGAGUUCUCAUUCGAAACUGCAAAGUUGUCUCACCGAGAGACAUGGAUGGGACUUUUUCCUGUUUCUUUUUUGUUUUCAAGAAGUUUGAAGUUUCCAGCAAAGAGGGAUGAAGUUUUGAAGCAGUACAGACACUUUCCCCUGCUCACUACUUAUGAGCCCCAUACAACCUUCAGCAAGGAAACUCGAAGAAUUCACUUGGAACUUUCCCUGGGUUCCUUGGAGGAGGUUUGGGUUACAGUCCUCAAUAUUACUGGCCCAUUAUCCGGUUGGUCAUUUGCUGACAAUGUGGUUCCAGCCCCUGAAAUACUUGGUGGAGGGCCGCCUUCAUACAUAUGCCGUCUUAGUGGAGCCAGUCAUCAGAAUUGGACUUUCUGGUUAGAGGCUAGCAGUGGUGAAGACUUGAGAGUUGAAGUUGCGGUGUUAGACCAACACAUGGUUAAUGCAGCAAAGAAGCUGAAGGGCCUUUUCCCGGAUUGGGUGGAUGUCGUUGCUUAUUCUAGCUAUCUGUCCAGUUACGUGUUCUAGCAAACAUCACCGUAGGCCCAUAGGUUGAUUUUCGUUCUUUUUUUUUUUUUUUUCGAUAAUUAGGUUGAUUUUCAUUGAAAGAAUAAGCUUGCUCAUUUGGCUUUGAAAAUCAUGUAUAACAUGUCUUAUUGAAAAC